AUGGAGGCUAGUGGCGGUGUUAGUGGUGGCGUUACGGUGGUGGGAUCGGAUGCUCCGCCGGAGUACCAUGUAGCACCGAGAACCGACAACCAAACUCCAACCGGUGGAUCGGCAGUUCAGUUUACUACAGCGGUCCAAGGAAAUUCUCAGCCGCAGAAUCCGCCGCAUACGGCGGUGGUAACGGUGUCUCCGGCAGAUACAACGGUUCCUGAGAAGAAGAAGAGAGGCCGGCCGAGAAAGUAUGCAACGGACGGUUCGGUGAGGAUGGCGCUGUCUCCGAAGCCGAUAUCUUCCUCAUCUCCGUUGCCGCCGGUGAUCGAUUUCACGGCGGAGAAGCGUGCGAAAGUGCGGCCAGUUAGCUCAGUGAGCAAAGCGAAAUUCGAGUUGGAAAAUAUAGGUGAAUGGGUUCCUUGCUCAACUAGUUCAAAUUUCACACCUCACAUCAUCACUGUUAAUACUGGAGAGGAUGUUACUAUGAAAGUAAUAUCAUUUUCUCAGCAAGGGCCUCGAGCUCUAUGCGUUCUUUCAGCAAAUGGUGUCAUAAAAAGUGUCACACUUCGUCAGCCCGAUGCUUCUGGGGGCACAUUGACAUAUGAGGGACUGUUUGAAAUUCUGUCUUUAUCUGGUUCAUUCAUGCCAAAUGAUAGCGGAGGAACACGAAGCAGAUCAGGUGGCAUGAGUGUUUCUUUAUCAAGUCCUGAUGGCCAUGUUGUUGGUGGAGGAGUAGCUGGUCUAUUGGUGGCUGCAAGUCCAGUGCAGGUAGUGGUUGGUAGUUUUAUGGCAGGAAACCAACAUGAGCAGAAAGCAAGAAAUCAGAAAACCGAUGUGAUAUCAACUGUGACAACUGCUGCUGUUGUUCCCAUCCCUACUCUUGAUCCAAUACCUAUUCUAUCAUCAGUAACUUCCUUCCGCGGAGAUAAUUGGUCUGCUGUGCAGGCGCCGGAAGCGAAGGACAAGCCUGUUUCUGACAUUAACGUGUCACUUCCUGGCGGUUAA